UUAUAAUUUUUCAAAUUUAUCCGUAUUUGAAGGGACUUGCCAUUCUUCUGGCUAGUAGUUGCAUGAUAGGAUGUGAACAUUAUAAAAGGCUAGCCUGUGGAAGAUAAUAACAAGAAAUAUUUUACUAGUUACAAAGCUCCAAUGGUUGUCAUUAGGUAUCCUGGGAUAUUAUUAGUUGUUGUUUGUUUUCUUUCCCUGAUCUAUCAAAGGUGGAGUCGAAGACAGCACAAAAGCUGUCUGCCAACAAACUGGCCGGUCAUUGGUAUGCUGCCGGGACUGCUUCAAAACGCCCAUCGCUUGCACGAGUUUUUGACAGAGAUCAUGAAGGAAAGUCGAGGCACAUUCAUGUUUGAAGGCCCUUGGUUUGCUAACAUGGACAUGUUGAUUACGGGUGAUACUGCCAACAUCCAGCACAUCUUGAGCAAGAACUUCUCAAACUUUCCAAAAGGCCCUGCAUUUAAUAGGAUCUUUGACAUUUUGGGAAAUGGAAUUUUCAAUGUGGAUUCAGAAGUGUGGGAAACCCAAAGGAAAACUGCAACGUCAGUGUUCAAUCACCACAGGUUCCAAACGUUUGUGGUGAAAACUAUCUGGAACAAAGUGGAAAAGGGGCUAAUCCCAGUUUUUGAGCAUGCAUCGGAGCUUGGAACAGAGAUGGAUUUGAAAGGGUUAUUUCAGCACUUCACCUUCGAUAGUGCAUGCAUAUUGGUUUUGGGUCAUGACCCAGCUUCCCUCUCUAUUGGUUUACCAGAUGUUGCAUAUGAGAAGGAAUUCAAUGAUGCUGAGGAGGCUCUUUUAUACAGACAUAUAUUACCAGAAAGCUUUUGGAAGCUGCAAAGGUGGCUUCAAGUUGGCAAAGAAAAGAAUUACAGUAAAGCAUGGGAGACCCUUGAUCUGUUAAUAGCCCAGUGUAUCUCAUCAAAACGUAAGGAAUUAAGAAGAAGAAGCACGAUCCAAAUGGUGGAAGACCGAGAUGAGGCUUUUGAUCAUGACUUAUUAACUGCUUACAUGAUGAAAAAUGAUGUAUCUGAUGACUCUACAGAUAAGUUGAUAAGAGACAACAUGCUGAAUUUUCUUUUUGCAGCGAGAGACACCACUAGUGCAGCUCUCACAUGGUUCUUUUGGCUUGUUGCAACAAACCCUUCUGUAGAGAACAAGAUUCGAGAAGAGAUCACAACGAAAUUACAUCCAAAAGAAGAUAAUAGAUUGCGUCUAUGUUUUUCCAACAUAAAUGAUCAAGAGAUGAAGAAACUUGUCUACCUCCAUGGAGCUUUGUGUGAAUCCCUACGGCUAUUCCCACCAGUACCUAUACAGCACAAAGCUUCAGUUCAACCAGACAUUCUUCCAAGUGGCAACAAGAUAGGUGCAAAUACGAGAAUAAUAUUAGCUUUCUAUGCCAUGGGAAGGAUGGAGACAAUUUGGGGAAAAGAUUGCUUGGAGUUCAAACCAGAGAGAUGGAUUACCGAGCAAGGAGGGACCAAACAUGAACCAUCUUACAAGUUCAUAACGUUUAAUUCAAGACCAAGGUCCUGUUUAGGGAAGGACCUGACCUUCAUCCAAAUGAAAAUAAUUGCAAUUACAACUAUAUAUAAUUAUAACGUUCAAGUGGUAGAUGCUCAUGCUAUUUCCCCAUGUAGCUCUAUCGUACUGCAUAUGAAAGAUGGUUUGAAGGUCAGGGUAACCAAAAGACGCGUUUGAUGCAUGCUGAAGUAGUAUUGUCACUUCAAUGACAAUAAAGUGUGAAAUGUUUUCUAUUUCUAACCUUAAAUUACAGCCUCUGUUAUCUAA